AUGGUGCAGCGGCGCAGACAUGUUGCGGAAUCUCCUUCACGGGAGAUAAUCAGAAGCUCUCUGGACACAGCCCUGUGCCGCAUGCUCUGGGAUGACCCUGCUUCAUCCGGCAGGUGUGACCCGGUGACCCCACUCACUGCUGUCCUGACCCCGCUCACUGCGCUCCCUCCAGCCGGAGCCAUCCCGGAGCCAUCCCCCGGGUGCGGUGUUCCCGGAGGCGGGCGCGGCGCGAGCAGCGGCCGGCAGAGGGCGGUGUGGCGCUGCGGGAGAGGCGCCGGCGCUGCCCCGCGCCCGGCCUGCAGCGGGGCCCGAGCGCUGCCCCCUCAGGAGGAGAAGAAGGAGCGGACCGUCUAUCCUGAUGCCGGGGGCUGCCAGCGAGCGCUGGACGAGCUGGGAGUGCUGUGUCCAACUGGAUGUGAGCUGCGAACUCUACUGCUAAAACAGGAAAAAUCAGUGAAACCAGUUAUUAGUGAUCUAAAAGUUAAAGUGAACUCUCUUUCGGAGAGCUCCUUAACUUUCCGCGAAUAUGUGACUGUUCUAGAAGAUAAAUUGGUAAAGACGCAAAAACAAAGAAAAGACAAUGAUGAUUUACUUUCUCAGUACAACACAGAAGUGGAAUUGCAGUAUAAUUAUAUAAAGGAUAAUCUGGACAAUAACAUCCCAUCAAGUCUCAGGGUCCUUCGUGCAGUUGUGGAUUCUUUACAUAAAAAGAUACAGAAACUGGAAAAUGCCAUUGCAACCCAGGUGGACUACUGCCGUUCCCCAUGUACUGUUUCCUGUAAUAUUCCUGUGGUUUCAGGCAAAGAAUGUGAGGAUAUCAUCAGAAAGGGAGGUGAGACAUCCGAAAUGUACCUCAUCCAGCCAGAUCCUUUUGUCAAGCCAUACAGAGUGUACUGUGACAUGGAAACAGACAAUGGAGGCUGGACUCUGAUUCAGAACCGCCAGGACGGCAGUGUUAAUUUCGGAAGAGUAUGGGAUCAAUAUAAAAAAGGAUUUGGAAAUGUUGCAAAGAGUGGAGGGAAGAACUACUGUGAUACACCAGGUGAAUAUUGGCUUGGAAAUGACAAGAUAAGCCAGCUUACCAAAAUAGGGCCCACUGAAGUUCUAAUUGAAAUGGAGGACUGGAAUGGUGAUAAAGUAUCGGCUCAUUAUGGAGGUUUCACCAUACAGAAUGAAGGAAACAAGUAUCAGCUUUCAGUUAGUAACUACAAAGGCACUGCAGGCAAUGCACUGAUGGACGGAGCUUCCCAACUACAUGGAGAAAACAGGACAAUGACCAUUCACAAUGGCAUGUACUUCAGUACUUAUGACAGAGACAAUGAUGGAUGGUUAACUGCAGACCCAAGCAAACAGUGCUCCAAACAAGAUGGUGGUGGAUGGUGGUACAACCGCUGCCACUCAGCCAACCCCAAUGGCAGAUACUACUGGGGAGGGACCUACAGCUGGGACAUGGCAAAACACGGCACCGAUGAUGGUGUCGUAUGGAUGAACUGGAAAGGGUCGUGGUAUUCAAUGAAGAAGAUGAGCAUGAAAAUCCGGCCAUACUUUCCACAUUAACCAUUAUCAAAAUGUACAGAAUCAGGAAUUUUCUUUUAGUAUUUGUACGUGGUUGUCUUUUUAGCAUGGUACUCAGUCUUAUCUUUACAUAUGAGAACCCAAUCUCUAUGUACAACCAUAUUGUGACCUAAAGUGAAAAGCUGUGUCAAAUAUAAAUCUAAAUCUGUCCAAUGAAAAUAACUCACCCGUGUAUUUUUCCCAUUUUUCAUUUGUGCAUAAGACAGAAUUAACUAUUAUAGAAUAACACUGAUAAAAUAAAACCAACUUGUUUCACUCUUU